GGGCACUCGGUGCCGUGGAGAAGGAGAAGGACUAAGAUGGCCACCAGCCGCCACGGGGAGCGGCCCCGCUCCCUCCCCGCCUUGCUCGGCCCGGCCCGGUCUUGAUGGGGCCGCGACGACCCCGGCCCCAGUACGCUGCAGCGGUGCCUCCCGCCGGAGCCCGCCUGGGCCUCAGCGGGGGAGCCGCCCUCUGGGCCCGGCCCGCGGCCCUUCGCGCCGCGCCGUGAGCGAGAUCAGCUGCGGAGACAAGAGGAGGGGCUGCCCGCUGCUCCCUCCCCGCCCCGGCGGGCAGGGCCGGGCCUCCCGGAGCCCCCCGCCGCCCGUGAACAAAGAGCUUUGGUGUUGAAGAGAAACCUCAGAAAGGAAUGGGCGCUGUUCUCCUGAAGCUGUUUGCCCUGAUCCCAGAAAUGCUGUAGAGGAUACAAGGGAGUUUCCACAAGUCAGUCAAAAUGAAUAUGGUGAAGAGGAUCAUGGGCCGGCCUCGGCAGGAGGAGUGUAGCCCCCAGGAUAACGCGCUGGGGUUAAUGCAUCUGCGCCGCCUCUUCACAGAGCUUUGUCAUCCUCCACGGCAUAUGACCCAGAAAGAACAGGAGGAAAAACUGUACAUGAUGUUGCCAGUGUUCAACAGGGUGUUUGGAAAUGCUCCUCCAAGUACAAUGACAGAAAAAUUUUCUGAUCUCCUGCAGUUUACUACUCAAGUGUCACGACUGAUGGUGACUGAGAUUCGACGGAGAGCAUCAAAUAAAUCCACAGAGGCUGCAAGUCGUGCCAUUGUCCAGUUUCUGGAGGUCAAUCAAAGUGAAGAAGCCAGUAGAGGUUGGAUGCUGCUCACCACAAUUAAUUUAUUAGCUUCAUCAGGACAGAAAACUGUGGACUGCAUGACUACAAUGUCUGUGCCUUCCACACUCGUUAAAUGUCUAUAUCUUUUUUUUGACCUUCCACAUGUGCCUGAGGUAGUUGGAGGAGCACAGAAUGAGCUACCUCUUGCAGAGCGCCGAGCACUACUACAGAAAGUCUUUGUACAGAUCUUAGUAAAACUGUGCAGUUAUGUGUCCCCCGCAGAAGAACUGGCUCAAAAGGAUGAUCUGCAGCUUUUAUUCAGUGCAAUAACUUCAUGGUGCCCUCCCUAUAAUCUGCCUUGGAGGAAGAGUGCAGGGGAAGUACUGAUGACCAUAUCGCGUCAUGGCCUUAGUGUCAAUGUAGUGAAAUACAUUCAUGAAAAAGAAUGUUUGUCCACGUGUGUUCAGAAUAUGCAGCAGUCUGACGACCUUUCUCCCCUUGAAAUAGUUGAGAUGUUUGCUGGGCUUUCCUGUUUUCUCAAAGAUUCCAGUGAUGUGUCGCAAACGCUAUUGGAUGAUUUUAGGAUAUGGCAAGGAUACAACUUCCUCUGUGAUCUCCUCCUCAGGUUAGAACAGGCAAAAGAGGCUGAAUCUAAGGAUGCUUUGAAGGACUUAGUUAAUUUGAUUACUUCCUUAACAACAUAUGGUGUUAAUGAAUUGAAGCCAGCCGGUGUUACCACUGGAGUACCUUUCUUACUACCUGGAUUUGCAGUGCCACAGCCUGCGGGCAAAGGUCACAGCGUGAGGAAUAUCCAAGCGUUUUCCGUCCUUCAGAAUGCGUUUUUGAAAGCAAAAACUAGCUAUCUAGCACAAAUUAUUCUCGAUGCCAUCACAAAUAUUUAUAUGGCUGACAAUGCCAAUUACUUCAUUUUGGAAUCACAGCACACAUUGUCUCAGUUUGCAGAGAAAAUUUCUAAGCUUCCAGAAGUACAGACCAAAUACUUCGAGAUGCUGGAGUUUGUUGUCUUCAGCUUGAACUACAUACCCUGUAAAGAACUGAUCAGUGUGAGCAUCCUUUUAAAAUCCAGCACUUCUUAUCACUGUAGCAUCAUAGCCAUGAAGACACUCCUGAAAUUCACCCGUCACGACUACAUCUUUAAAGAUGUCUUCAGGGAGGUGGGGCUUUUGGAGGUGAUGGUAAAUCUUCUUCAUAAAUAUGCAGCCCUUCUGAAAGAUCCCACUCAGGCUCUGAAUGAUCAAGGGGAUUCAAGAAACUGUUCAUUUGAGGACCAAAAGCAGCAGGCUUUGUUGGUUAUGGAGACCCUGACGGUACUAUUACAAGGAUCAAACACUAAUGCAGGUAUUUUCAGGGAGUUUGGUGGUGCGAGAUGUGUGCACAACAUUGUGAAGUAUCCCCAAUGUCGACAGCACGCACUGAUGAUCAUUCAGCAGUUGGUGUUAUCGCCUAGUGGAGAAGAUGAUAUGGGCACUUUGUUGGGACUGAUGCACUCUGCUCCACCUACGGAACUGCAGCUGAAAACAGACAUCUUAAGGGCCCUACUCUCCGUGCUAAGAGAGAGCCACCGCACAAGAACUGUUUUUAGAAAAGUUGGUGGAUUUGUGUAUGUCACGUCUCUGCUUGUUGCUAUGGAAAAAUCUUUGUGCUCACCGCCGAAGAAUGGCUGGGAGAAAGUAAACCAGAAUCAAGUGUUUGAACUGCUCCACACUGUGUUCUGCACAUUGACUGCAGCAAUGCGCUACGAGCCAGCCAACUCUCAUUUCUUCAAAACAGAGAUCCAGUAUGAAAAACUGGCAGAUGCUGUUCGCUUGCUUGGCUGCUUCUCAGACUCAAGAAAAAUAAGUCCAUUGAAUGUCUUUCCUUCAAAUACACAACUAUUUCAAAGACUAUUGGAGGAUGACCUAAUAUCCCUGGAUUCUGUCUCACCUAUGUUAAGACACUGCAGCAAACUUUUUAUUUACCUCUACAAGGUAGCAACAGAUUCUUUUGACAGGCACGCAUAUCAUUCUGUUUCAACGCCUCCUGUUUGCCCUCAGAAAAACAUACCUGAUGUGAAACUCCAGACAGGUUCCACGUCUGUGCAAAGCUCUGACGUAGUUGUUAUCCACCCUGGUGCUAUGCUUGCAAUGCUGGAUCUCCUGGUCUCUGUUGGAUCAACUACACACCCAGAGCAUGCGCUGGACCUCCAGCUAGCAGUGGCCAAUAUCCUGCAAUCUCUCGUGCAUACAGAGAGAAACCAGCAAGUCAUGUGCGAAGCCGGGCUCCAUGCACGACUUCUACAAAGAUGCAGCGCCGCUCUGGCUGAUGAGGACCAUUUGCUGCAUCCCCCGCUUCAGAGGAUGUUUGAAAGACUGUCUUCCCAGGCCCUGCAGCCGAUGGUGCUGAGGGAAUUUUUAUGCUUGGGAAAUCCUUUAAAUUGCGGCGCUUGGGACAAAAAGCUGUUGAAGCAGUACCGAGUGCACAAACCAAGCUCACUGAGUUUUGAACCGGAAAUGAGAAAUAGCAUGGUUACCUCAAUGGAAGGUCUGGGUUCGGACAGCGUCUUCUGUUUGCACGAAGACAGCCACUAUCGGAUAAGCAAGAGCCUGCUCAAGCCGGCAGAAGGUAGCACAGUGCCCCUGACGAGAGUCAAGUGCCUGGUGUCCAUGACAACCCCACAUGACAUCAGGCUUCAUGGAUCAUCCCUUACUCCUGCCUUCAUCGAAUUCGACACCUCUCUCGAGGGGUUCGGCUGCCUGUUCUUGCCAAGUUUGGCUCCCCAUAAUGCACCUACCAAUAACGCUGUCACAACAGGACUUAUUGAUGGUGCAGUUGUCAGUGGUAUCGGAACUGGUGAACGAUUUUUCCCACCGCCGUCUGGUUUAAGCUACUCAACUUGGUUUUGCAUUGAACAUUUUAGUACGCCUCCUAAUAACCAUCCUGUCAGACUUCUUACUGUAGUGCGGCGUGCAAAUUCCUCGGAGCAGCAUUAUGUGUGCCUUGCCAUUGUCCUCUCAGCAAAAGACCGAUCACUAAUUGUUUCAACUAAAGAAGAAUUACUUCAGAAUUAUGUUGAUGACUUCAGUGAAGAAUCAUCAUUUUACGAAAUUCUUCCUUGUUGUGCCCGUUUUCGCUGUGGUGAGCUCAUUGCAGAAGGCCAGUGGCAUCACCUACUUCUGGUCAUGAGUAAAGGCAUGCUAAAGAACAGCACAGCUGCGCUCUACCUUGAUGGACAGCUUGUUAACACUGUUAAGCUUCACUAUAUUCACAGCAGUCCUAGUGGCUCUGGUUCUGCUAAUCCUCCUGUAGUCAGCACUGUCUAUGCCUAUAUUGGUACACCACCCGCACAGCGCCAGCUCUCUUCAUUGGUGUGGCGUUUGGGCCCUACACAUUUCCUGGAGGAAGUUUUGCCUGCCCCAGGUGUUAGCACCAUUUAUGAGCUGGGACCAAAUUAUGUUGGAAGCUUUCAAGCAGUAUACAUACCAUGCAAAGAUUCCAAAUGUGAGGGAAACAACCCAUCUCCGGUAUCUUUAGUACCAGAAGAGAAGGUCUCUUUUGGUCUCUAUGCUCUCUCGGUUUCUUCAUUUACAGUUGCAAAAAUAAGGAAAGUUUACAACAAGUUGGAUAGUAAAGCCAUUGCUAAACAGCUGGCAAUUUCUUCUCAUGAAAAUGCCACACCUGUGAAGCUGGUACAUAACUCAGCAGGGCACUUGAACGGACCUGCACGUUCCAUUGGUGCAGCUUUGAUAGGAUAUUUGGGAGUAAGAACAUUUGUCCCCAAGCCUGUUGCCACUAUACUGCAGUACAUUGGUGGAGCUGCUGCUAUUUUAGGACUUGUAGCCAUGGCUUCAGAUGUAGAAGGAUUGUAUGCAGCUGUGAAGGCCUUAGUCUGCGUGGUAAAAAGCAAUCCGCUAGCCAGCAAAGAAAUGGAAAGAAUCAGAGGUUAUCAGUUGCUGGCAAUGCUGUUAAAGAAGAAACGAUCCCUUCUGAACAGUCACAUACUUCAUCUCACCUUUUCCUUGGUGGGAACUGUUGACAGUGGGCAUGAGACCUCCAUUAUUCCUAACUCUAUUGCCUUCCAGGAUCUGCUCUGUGAUUUUGAGGUCUGGCUUCACGCACCCUAUGAGCUUCAUCUGUCAUUAUUUGAGCACUUCAUCGAACUUCUCACAGAGUCCAGUGAAGCAGCGAAGAACGCUAAGUUAAUGAGGGAAUUCCAACUCAUCCCAAGACUGCUCUUGACUCUUCGAGAUACAUCUCUGUCCCAGCCUACUAUUGCUGCAAUUAGUAAUGUGCUGAGCUUUUUGCUUCAAGGCUUUCCCAGCAGCUACGACUUGCUCAGGUUUGGACAGUUCAUCUCUUCCACUUUACCUACGUUUGCAGUCUGUGAGAAGUUUGUAGUCAUGGAAAUAAACAAUGAAGAAAAGCUUGACAGCGGAACAGAUGAUGAUUUUGGAGGACUUGUUUCAGCUAAUCUUAUUCUCCUGCGGAACAGGCUUUUAGAUAUCCUCCUGAAACUUCUAUAUACAUCUAAAGAGAAGACAGCUGUUAAUUUGCAGGCUUGUGAAGAACUGGUCAAGACCCUGGGUUUUGAUUGGAUUAUGAUGUUCAUGGAAGAACAUCUGCAUUCCACCACGGUCACAGCUGCCAUGCGAAUUCUUGUGGUCCUGUUGAGUAAUCAGUCCAUCCUUAUUAAAUUUAAGGAAGGUCUCAGUGGUGGAGGCUGGCUUGAUCAGACGGAUUCAGUCUUGACCAAUAAGAUUGGUACUGUGCUAGGGUUCAAUGUUGGCAGGAGCGCUGGUGGCAGAUCGACAGUCCGGGAGAUUAACCGGGAUGCGUGUCAUUUCCCGGGCUUUCCUGUCCUGCAGUCCCUUCUCCCUAAGCACACUAAUGUACCUGCACUCUACUUCCUCCUCAUGGCCCUUUUCCUGCAGCAGCCAGUCACUGAACUGCCUGAAAACCUGCAGUUUGAUUUAGACUCUAUUUGGACAUUUAUAUUUGGAGUUCCUGCCUCGUGUGGCACCAUUACCUCUUCAGUACAUAGUGUUUGCACAGAAGCUGCCUUCUUGUUGUUGGGAAUGCUGAGGAGUAUGCUGAAUUCUCCUUGGCAGUCUGAGGAAGAAGGCUCUUGGCUUCGAGAAUAUCCUGUCACCUUGAUGCAGUUCUUUCGCUAUUUGUAUCACAAUGUGCCGGACCUUGUUUCCUUAUGGAUGAGCCCAGAGUUCCUGUGUGCACUGGCAGCAACUGUGUUUCCUUUCAACAUACGACCUUACUCUGAGAUGGUCACUGAUCUUGAUGAUGAAGUUGGGUCCCCAGCUGAAGAGUUCAAAGCCUUUGCAGCUGAUUCUGGCAUGAACAGGAGCCAGUCAGAAUACUGCAAUGUUGGCACCAAGACGUACCUAACUAACCAUCCUGCCAAGAAGUUUGUGUUUGACUUCAUGCGGGUGCUGAUAAUUGAUAACUUAUGUCUCACACCAGCCAGCAAACAGACUCCACUGGUAGAUCUUUUGCUAGAGGCUUCCCCUGAAAGAUCAACACGAACACAGCAGAAGGAGUUUCAGACGUAUGUUUUGGAUAGCGUGAUGGACCACUUACUUGCAGCUGAUGUUUUAUUGGGUGAAGAUGCAUCUCUGCCUAUAACAAGUGGAGGAAGCUACCAAGUGCUGGUGAACAAUGUGUUUUAUUUUACACAGCGUGUGGUAGAUAAGCUUUGGCAGGGCAUGUUCAACAAAGAAUCCAAACUUCUUGUGGAAUUCAUAAUCCAACUCAUUGCACAGUCAAAAAGAAGAUCUCAGGGACUAUCACUAGAUGCUAUUUAUCACUGCCUGAACAGGACCAUCUUGUAUCAGUUCUCAAGAGCCCACAAAACUGUUCCUCAGCAAGUGGCUCUCCUUGAUUCUCUGAGGGUCCUUACUGUGAACAGAAACUUAAUUUUGGGACCUGGAAAUCAUGAUCAAGAGUUCAUCAGCUGCCUAGCUCACUGUUUGAUUAACCUGCAUGUGGGAAGCAAUGUUGAUGGGUUUGGACUGGAAGCAGAAGCCAGGAUGACUACUUGGCACAUUAUGAUCCCCUCUGAUAUAGAGCCAGAUGGAGUCUACAAUCAAGAUGUCAGUGAAGGUCGCCAGCUUCUUUUAAAAGCUAUAAACAGAGUGUGGACAGAGUUGAUUCACAGUAAAAAACAGGUGUUAGAAGAAGUUUUCAAAGUGAUGCUACCUGUCAAUGAUCGUGGCCAAGUGGAUAUAACUGUUGCAAGAACUUUAAUUGAGGAAGCAAGUUUAAAGUGUUGGCAAAAUCAUUUGGCCCAUGAGAAGAAGUGCAUCAGUAGAGGGGAGGCUUUGGUUCCGACCACACAGUCCAAACUUUCACGAGUUAGCAGUGGGUUUGGCCUCUCUAAACUAACUGGUUCCAGGAGAAACCGGAAGGAAAGCGGGCUCAAUAAACACAAUCUUUCUACACAGGAAAUUUCCCAGUGGAUGUUUACUCACAUUGCAGUGGUUCGGGACCUGGUUGAUAUGCAGUAUAAGGAAUAUCAGGAGCGUCAGCAGAAUGCAUUAAAAUAUGUGACAGAAGAGUGGUCUCAAAUCGAGUAUGAGUUACUACGAGAGCGAGGUCUGUGGGGUCCCCCCAUCGGUUCCCAUCUUGACAAGUGGAUGUUGGAGAUGACUGAGGGUCCCUGUAGAAUGAGGAAGAAGAUGGUUCGAAAUGACAUGUUUUAUAUUCAGUAUCCCUACAUGCCUGAAGCUGAACAAGAAACAAACUUUCUGUCUGACCUCUCAAGUAGACUUCCUGAGACAUCUGAUGAUGGCAUUCCUCAAAAGAAACCUGCUCGCUACCGAAGGGCUAUAAGUUAUGACAGUAAGGAGUACUACAUGCGCCUGGCUUCUGGAAACCCUGCAAUCUUCCAGGACACCAUAGAAGAAAAUACAGUGGGUGAAACCACUCAGCAGGAGCCAGAACACGGAGAGGACACAAUUGCAAGAGUCAAAGGCCUAGUGAAGCCUCCCCUGAAACGAUCUCGCUCUGCUCCUGAUGGAGGAGAUGAUGAGAACCAGGAGCAAUCACAAGAUCAAGUUGUUGAGGGGAGUUCAAUUGAUGAAGAGGAGAAGACUGACAAUACAACUUUGCUUCGACUUCUUGAAGAAGGAGAGAAGAUUCAGCAUAUGUACCGCUGUGCUCGGGUUCAGGGCCUUGACACUAGCGAAGGGCUUCUUCUCUUUGGGAAAGAGCACUUCUAUGUGAUUGAUGGAUUUACCAUGACCGCCACCAGAGAAAUACGGGAUAUUGAGACACUGCCUCCAAAGAUGCAUGAGCCUAUCAUACCUAGGGGAGCAAGGCAAGGUCCAAGUCAACUCAAAAGAACGUGCAGCAUUUUUGCCUAUGAAGAUAUCAAGGAAGUACAUAAAAGGAGAUAUCUUUUGCAGCCAAUUGCAAUUGAAGUUUUCUCAGGGGAUGGACGGAACUAUCUUCUGGCUUUCCAGAAGGGGGUUAGAAAUAAAGUUUAUCAAAGGUUUUUGGCUGUGGUGCCAUCUCUAACUGACAGUUCGGAGUCAGUGUCCGGACAGAGGCCAAACACCAGUGUAGAACAAGGGUCUGGAUUGCUUAGCACUUUAGUGGGAGAAAAAUCUGUUACCCAAAGAUGGGAAAGAGGAGAAAUCAGUAACUUCCAGUACCUGAUGCACUUAAACACUCUGGCAGGCAGAUCAUAUAAUGAUCUUAUGCAGUACCCUGUCUUUCCCUGGAUCCUCGCAGACUAUGAUUCAGAGGAAUUGGACCUUACAAAUCCCAGGACAUUCAGAAACCUGGCCAAGCCCAUGGGAGCUCAAACAGAAGACCGGUUAGCCCAGUACAAAAAACGAUACAAAGACUGGGAAGAUCCCAAUGGUGAAACUCCAGCUUAUCAUUACGGGACCCACUAUUCAUCUGCCAUGAUAGUGGCUUCUUAUCUUGUCCGGAUGGAGCCUUUUACACAGAUUUUUUUACGGCUACAGGGUGGUCACUUUGACCUAGCUGACCGAAUGUUUCACAGUGUCCGGGAGGCCUGGUAUUCAGCGUCAAAGCACAACAUGGCAGACGUGAAGGAGCUCAUCCCGGAAUUUUUCUACCUCCCUGAGUUCCUGCUCAAUUCCAACAAUUUUGACCUAGGUUGCAAACAAAAUGGCACUAAACUUGGAGAUGUAAUACUUCCCCCGUGGGCAAAAGGAGACCCUCGUGAAUUUAUCAGAGUUCAUCGGGAGGCUCUGGAAUGUGACUUUGUGAGUGCACAUCUGCAUGAGUGGAUUGACUUGAUCUUUGGCUAUAAACAGCAAGGUCCUGCGGCAGUCGAAGCUGUAAAUGUCUUUCAUCAUCUCUUCUAUGAGGGGCAAGUGGACAUAUACAACAUCAAUGAUCCGUUAAAAGAGACAGCUACUAUAGGAUUCAUUAAUAACUUCGGACAGAUACCAAAGCAGCUCUUUAAAAAACCACACCCUCCAAAGCGUGUUAGAAGCCGACUGAAUGGAGAGGUUGCAGGAACCUCUGUACCCCCUGGUUCCACAAGUGACAAGAUUUUUUUCCAUCAUUUAGACAACCUACGACCAUCUCUUGCACCAGUGAAAGAGCUCAAGGAGCCUGUGGGACAGAUCGUGUGUACUGAUAAAGGCAUUCUGGCAGUAGAACAGAAUAAGGUUCUCAUCCCACCUACAUGGAAUAAAACUUUUGCAUGGGGCUAUGCAGACCUAAGCUGUAGACUGGGUACCUACGAGUCAGACAAGGCAGUAAUUGUUUAUGAAUGUUUGUCAGAAUGGGGUCAGAUACUGUGUGCCAUUUGUCCCAACCCCAAACUAGUUAUCACUGGGGGAACAAGCACAGCUGUGUGCGUGUGGGAAAUGGGCAUCUCCAAAGAAAAAGCUAAAGCCCUCACACUAAAACAGGCAUUACUGGGUCAUACUGACACUGUCACAUGCUUAACAGCAUCGCUAGCUUAUCACAUAAUUGUGAGUGGAUCACGGGAUCGCACCUGCAUCAUUUGGGAUUUGAAUAAACUCUCAUUUCUAACGCAGCUUCGAGGUCACAGGGCUCCAGUUUCAGCACUCUGUAUAAAUGAAUUAACGGGGGAUAUCGUAUCAUGUGCUGGCACUUAUAUCCAUGUAUGGAGUAUUAAUGGCAGCCCUACCGCAAGCGUGAACACUUUCACUGGUCGAAGCCAGCAAAUCACGUGUUGCUUUGUGUCAGAGAUGAAUGAGUGGGAUACCCAGAAUGUCAUAGUGACAGGACAUUCAGAUGGAGUUGUCAGGUUCUGGCGGAUGGAGUUUUUGCAAGUACCAGAAACACCAGCUCCAGAGCCUGCAGAGGUGCUGGAAAUGCAAGAGGAUUGUCAGGAAGCACAAAUAGGGCAGGAAGCCCACGAAGAGGACAGCAGCGACUCCGACGCAGAUGAUCCGUGCAUCGACCAGGACGUGAAAGCUCAGGAGAGCCAGAGUCAACCAGGCAGCACCAGCCACAGACCUAGGUCAUCAUCAAACAGAGUGGCAGCAGCAUGGUCAGCAGACAGCGGCUCUGAUGACUCCAGGCGUUGGUCAGACCAGCUCAGCUUGGAUGAGAAAGAUGGCUUUAUCUUUGUGAAUUAUUCUGAGGGACAAGGAAAAAUGCAUCCCCAUGCUCAGGUUAACCACCCGCACCCCAGCUAUGCUGAAGCACGGCACUAUAGCAAGCUUAAACCAGGAUACAGAUGGGAGCGUCAGCUAGUGUUUAGGAGCAAACUAACUAUGCACACAGCGUUUGAUCGCAAAGACAAUGCACAUCCAGCGGAAAUCACCGCACUCGGCAUCUCUAAGGAUCACAGCAGAAUUCUUAUUGGUGAUGGUCGUGGCAGAGUAUUCAGCUGGUCUGUGAGCGAUCAGCCAGGCCGAUCUGCAGCUGAUCACUGGGUGAAGGACGAGGGGGGAGACAGCUGUUCUGGCUGCGCUGUCCGGUUUUCACUCACUGAGAGGCGUCACCACUGCAGGAACUGUGGACAGCUCUUCUGCCAAAAGUGCAGUCGGUUUCAGUCCGAAAUCAAGCGUCUGAAGAUUUCAUCACCAGUCAGAGUCUGCCAGAACUGUUUCUACAACUUGCAGCACGAGCGGGGUGUGGAGGAGGGGCCCAGGAAUUGAUAGGGUAUUGGCAAAGGGAGAGCCUGUCCAGCCCCACAGUCACUCCAAGAACUCAUGAGAGUACUGUGCUGUGAUCAGAAGGGAUUAGAAUAUUGUCUGUUUACACUUAAGGUUAUACUGCUUUUUAAGCACUGAAAGUAUAAGGGAUCACUGAAUUGAUUUGUUUUGAUGGAAGGUAUAUGAUGAGGUUAACGGCAUAUUUAAGUGAGAGCAAGGUCCAGUAAGACAUAGUUGAUUACUUCAAAUACAAUAGAAUUGUCAACCUCUAACUCUCUGUUGACGUGGUAUAAAGGAAAUCCUCACUUAUCCUAAACACCAGUUCUUGUCUUGUUUUUGUAGAGCUAGUCAUCUUUACCGGGGGAGGGGGGAGGGGAAGGCUUUUUAGAAGAUAGUUGUAAAUCUGCCUUCUUCGCAAGCAACUGUGUAUAUUGUAAAUAGAUAUAAUGGCCUUUUUAUCUAAAUAUGAACUUAACUGCCUGUUACACGGGACUUCAGAUUAACCACUAUACUUUGCGUGGCAUCUUUAUCUCAUCUAUCAACUUAAAUAUGAAUGUUUAAAUAACGAAAACCAGAAAACUCAAAGGCAUUAUGUGUAUUUCGGUUAAAAAUCCAGUCCGUGCAUGUUGUUUCUUUCCGUUGCCCACAAUAUCUUUAUUUAAAAAAAAAGGCUAUUCAUGGGAUUACAUGGAUUUUUUCAAAAGAAAACAAAAAUUUUGAAAAUAGUACUUGGAAUAUUUUAUUCUAGCUGUAAGAUAACCAAGAACUAAAAUUGUGCACUUCGGUUGCAUUUUAUACCAAACUGUUUACCACCUCAGUGUUGUUCAUAUUUAACAAGGCCUCUUUUAUACAUAUGUCAGAGCUGAAGUUUUGUUAAUGACUUAAUGUUCAUUAGCAGCUGAUUCAUGCAGUGCAAGAACCAGCUUUUACCUUAUUUAAACGAAUAGCAAUUGGCUUGCAGGUACAGAAUUAAUUUCUUGUGCAUAGAAUUUAACCUCGUGUCCCGUAGCUUAUUUGCAAAAAAAUGUUUGGAACAACAUAGUUGUUGCUCUGAAACGGGUUAGCGCUGGUCCUGUCAGAAAUGCUUCUCAAAGUUAUCUUCAUGUGUCAGCAAACGGCAUGAACUUGAGGACAGCGGUAGAUUUCCAUUACCAUUUUUUAAGUUCUAAUAUGAAUUGAAUUUCAGGGUUUGUUUGUUUGUUUGUUUUUUACUACUCCAUCACUUGUUUUGCACUACAUGUGGGAUGAAGUAGAGACACGGACAUCCACUGAGAUUGGAACACAUGCAUCAGAUAGGCCCAUGGACUACUCUCCAAAGAAGGUCUUGACAGUGGGUUUUGUUUUUUGUUUUGUUUCUUUAAUGUAUGUGUAUAUAUUUUGUAAAUGAGUCACAAACUGAUAUAGAUCUAGAUACAUUGGCAGUGGGUUCUUCUAAAUAACAGUAAGGAUAUGACCCAAGCCAACAGAAGACAGGUGGCCCCUCAAUGUCAUUGAGUGUCUUUGCUACAGAUGGUGAGAUUGUCCUGCACUGGAGUGAAUUGGGUGGACUCUGGUCCCUGGACUGCAGGUGGUUAAUGCUGUUGUUGGAAUUGCAGCAUGGAAAAUAUGGGAUCCUCUGUGAUAGCACGAGCAACUUCCAGAGGGCUGCCAAUGCCAAGGGGGCAUACCUGUCUUCUCUUGACUGGGGCUUCUAGGGGGGAAUAAUUUGUUAAUCCUGACCACUUACUCUUUAACCUGGUAUCACACGUUUAUGCACUGAAGGUUAAAUAUGUAUUUUGAUACAAGUUUGUUUAUUAUGUAUGUGCUGGUCUGUAAAAUGAGAUAAAUUACUGUUUUGGUGUGUAUACUAGGUCCCCAAAUGAACAGAAAGACUACUCAGCAGUGUGCAAGGGCUCUAGAGUAAACACAGGUUUGAUUAAAUGAGCUGACCCAAAUAGAUCCUUUUGGAUCUGGACUGUGAGGAUGAUGUAGCUACGUUGCAUGGCUCCCUUGGCAGAUUUAUUGUUAAAACCGGAAGGGGGGGAAGUCCUCAAAUGUGCGUGGAGUGUUUGAAUGUCUGUAUCCAGAUGUUCUCUCUAACGUUGCCUUGACCCUUCCCAAAAUGAUGCAAAACCAGCAUAGUUCAGAAGAUAGGCUGGUGGCCUACACUUUCUCUGUUGGAAGAAAAGGCUAUUUUAACAACCACUAAAUGCCUUUGAGUACUCAGAGAUUCCCUCUCCUUGCCUUCAGUUUUCAAAUCAAAACCAAAUUUAAGGAAGAAUUCAUUUCCACAGACUGGAGCUUUUACAGCCACAUUAUUAAACCCUAAUAAAAGCAGGGCUACUGUGACAGUAACCCUGAUAUACUCUAAACAUGGAAAGAAAAAUCUGACAGAUAGUAUUAGUGCAGGCUCGUGAAGAUCAUGGGCUGGGGUGGCGAUGUGGUUGAUGGUGUUCGACCACGUAGGCACGUUGAACGGGUGUUGAUCUGGGUGUUUUACAUUUGUCAGCAUGCUAAAAUCAAGGUCUUUAUGCCUUGCAAAGUCUGUAACAUAGAGUUUAGUCCAAAUUUGCGUUUUGCAAACUGAUAACCACAGUCUUCUGACUUAAUUCUUUGGUUGAGCUGUUCCAAAUACACAUUCUCACAAGUAAGAGGUGUGGAAGGGAAAAAAAAACACCUGCUGGUAUUCCCUCUGGCAACUGGUGCUGUGGGCAACCAAUAUGUUCACUUGAGAGCGUUUUUUCUUUUCAAGGUUCUAAUGCAAAUACUUGCUUUGUUUUCCAUGUAAAAAUUUGUUGUGCAAAAAUAUACUCAUGUACACUAACAUCAGUAGACUGUAAUCUCUGCAAGUACCUCACACGUCUUCUCCUGCCUUGUUCUUUGUAGGAUAUUUACUCAUGUACUCUUAACAUUCAUAUGUAGUGUGCAACUGUAAUGUCACGCUUAUGAGAGGGGUUGGCUGCCUCCACCCACAGUCAUCAAUUCAAUAGCAAAACACUUUAGAUAAGUUAUUUUGCACUUUCUUAUGUAUAAAAUUGGUAGAUACUUAUAUUUGCUUUGUAUCAUUUAAAGACUUCGUUUCAGUAAAUGAACUGUGUAUAAAAUAUUUAUGCAGUUAAAACUGUUUUUAGAAAGUAUUUUUAAUUUCAGCAAGUUUGGUUACUUGUUGCAUGACUAUUAACAGAGCUGACUUUUUGUGUCAGUGCAAUGUAUAUUUUUUUUGUCCUGUUAUUAACUUGUAAGCCCUAGUUAAAUGACCAUUUAUUUGUACAGCAUCAGGAGUAAAUUGAAGAUAACUGGCUAAGACUGGAGUGUGGAAUUUUGUACUAUAUUGUAGAAUCCAAUAUCUGUUUUUUGGUGGUUACGUAAAAGGCCUGACGAUUUACUAUCUAGUGUGCAAUCUGUGAUAUCUGAAUGUUCAUUGUAUAUUUGUCUCCAAUGCAAAAAGGUAGAGUAACACAAUUACAAUACAUGAUUAAAUACAAUAGUUCAGGUACUUAAGUAUUUUUUUCAUUUCAAAUAAAUACCUGCUAUUUACCACCAAAAAGCUGUUUUGCAUUUGUUGUAAAGAAGCAACAUUUGCAGCUGAAUAAACAUUUUUAAAUUGGGAGCGGUAA